AUGGCUGAAGCCGACCCAAGACCAGCCAUGCCUCAAGAAAAGAUUGGCCCGGAAAACCCAUUACCACAUACCGAUGCUUUCUCCAGCACAGCGCAGUAUGUGGACUCCCUCUUGGACUUCGUUGGUACCAAUGGCAUGUUGCGAAACUUGUGCGGUGGUGUGCAUAUUCUCGACUUCUUCACAAGCACCCCGAGUCUAUACUCAAGGAUCUUGCCGCAGGACUGGAGGGACUUCUUUACAGCGCACGAUGUAAUGGACAUCUUGGAUCUACUGAUGCGAGAGGACUUAUCUACAUUCAAUGUAACGCAGUCGCAACAGUCUCCUUCGUGGAGGGAUGGACCCCUUCCUCCCGAGACUCUGUUGGACUACAUCCGAACAGUACGGAAGCACCUGCUCGACAGAGAGCCAGGCGGCUCGCAGUGUUCACGGAACAGAGCCAUGAAGCCGACGCAGAAGUUGGCAAGGCACGUAGCUGUCGGCAUGAAUGUGAAGAAAGUGCAUGAAGUUGGGCUCUUUGCCUGGUACCUCAACAAGUUGACUACAGACAUCGCGCAACAUAAGGACGGAUCCAUCAGCCAUCUUGUGGACUUCGGGUCAGGUCAGAACUAUCUUGGUCGAGCAUUGGCUAGUGAGCCGUACAAUCAGAACAUCAUCGCAGUAGAGAGCAAGCAAGCCAAUGCCGAGCGAGCCAAAGAACUUGACGUCUUCGCUAAGCUCACAGAGAAGCAGAAGCUGAUGAGGAACAAGAAAGCAUUCAGAGAAGGUCGCGAAGGACCUGGAUCAGAACCUGAGCCCAAGCCAGUUGCACCAGUCAGCCUGCCGACGCCACUAGAUUCGAGUGCAGAUGAUGCGACGUCAGCACCCACGGUCGAGGUUCCUACUGCCGGAUCUGGCAAGAUUCAGUAUGUGGAGCAUCGUAUACAGGAUGGUGACCUGUCUGGCGUAAUUUCAAGCAUUCCUGCGAGCAAGACGAACCUCAUGGUCAUGUCUCUCCAUUCAUGCGGCAAUCUAGUACACCAUGGUCUUCGCUCUCUGCUCUUGAACGACGAGGUCAAGGCUGUGGCAAUGGUUGGCUGCUGUUACAACCUGGUGACCGAACGUCUCGGACCGGCAACGUACAAGCUGCCAGAACUGCGACCGACGACACACGAGCAUCCUCGUCUUGCGAAGGCUGGUGAAGCGUGCGAUCCUCAUGGGUUUCCAAUGUCUUCGCGGCUGUGCAAUUACUACAACGAAGACGAUGCAAAUAAUUCUGACAAAGGCGUACGACUCAACAUCACAUCUCGCAUGAUGGCGGUCCAAGCACCAGGAAAUUGGGGGCCCAAGGACAGCGAGUCCUUCUUCACGCGCCAUUUCUAUCGUGCUCUGCUUCAAAGGAUCUUCAUGGAUCGUGGUGUCGUCAGCCCACCUACACUGGAAGGCGCCGGCAGUCGCAGUCCCGCCGGUCACAGCAGUGGAGGUACACCUAUUGUGAUCGGUAGCUUGCGAAAGUCAUGUUACGACAGCUUCACUACCUACGUCCGGGGAGCAUUGGAAAAGCUCACUAUCGAUUCGGAACAAGGAGACGUGUUCAAAGAGAAGAUGGGUGACAUUACAGAUCUUGAGAUUGAGAACUACGAAAAACAGUAUCAAAGCGGCAAGAAGGAUUUGAGCGUCAUCUGGAGCUUGAUGGCGUUCUCUGCAGGCGUUAUCGAAGCAACUAUUGUCGUUGAUAGAUGGCUCUGGCUGAAAGAGCAAGACGCGGUGCAAGAGGCGUGGGUCGAGCCAGUGUUUGACUACAAGUUCAGCCCGAGGAACUUGGUCGUUGUCGGUAUCCAGAGAUGA